GUAUAACAGCGCGCUUUACGGCCGUGGGGACGGGGCGAGCCGGCGCCAGGGCCACUGCGGCCGGGAAGCAGGGCAGGCGGGUGAGGUUGAUGCCCGGUGGCGGGGUGAGCUCGGCGUCUGGCCGGCUACUCACCGCCGCGGAGCAAAGGGGUGCCCGGGAAGCGGAGGGGUCGACGUCCAGGAGCGGUGCGGGGGGCUCCGCCGGCGGCGGCGGCAGAAACGGAGCAGGCGGCCCCAGGCUGGGCAGUGGAGGCCCGGGGGGGCCCACGGGCAGGAUGAGCCUGACCCCGAAGGAGCUCUCGAGCCUGCUGAGCAUCAUUUCGGAGGAGGCGGGAGGCGGCAGCACCUUCGAGGGCCUGUCCACCGCCUUUCACCACUACUUCAGCAAGGCCGACCACUUCCGCCUGGGCUCGGUGCUCGUCAUGCUGCUGCAGCAGCCGGACCUGCUGCCCAGCGCGGCGCAACGCCUCACCGCGCUCUACCUGCUCUGGGAGAUGUACCGCACGGAGCCGCUCGCCGCCAACCCCUUUGCCGCCAGCUUCGCGCACCUGCUCAACCCCGCGCCACCGGCCCGCGGCGGCCAGGAGCCAGACAGGCCGCCGCUCUCAGGAUUUUUGCCUCCUAUAACUCCACCAGAAAAGUUUUUUCUUUCCCAGCUGAUGCUGGCACCCCCAAGAGAACUCUUCAAAAAGACACCUCGACAGAUUGCACUGAUGGACGUUGGAAACAUGGGCCAGUCUGUGGAUAUUAGUGGGCUUCAGCUAGCUUUGGCUGAACGCCAGUCUGAAUUGCCAACCCAAAGUAAAGCUAGCUUCCCUAGUAUUCUCAGUGACCCAGACCCAGACUCUUCUAAUUCUGGAUUUGACAGCUCGGUUGCCUCUCAGAUCACAGAAGCUUUAGUCAGUGGACCAAAGCCACCUAUUGAAAGCCAUUUCCGCCCAGAGUUUAUUCGUCCACCACCUCCACUCCACAUUUGCGAGGAUGAGCUGGCUUGGCUGAAUCCAACAGAGCCUGACCAUGCAAUUCAGUGGGACAAAUCAAUGUGUGUCAAGAACAGCACUGGUGUGGAGAUCAAGCGAAUAAUGGCCAAAGCCUUCAAAAGCCCCUUAUCUUCUCCUCAACAAACACAGCUCUUGGGUGAGCUGGAAAAAGACCCCAAACUCGUUUAUCAUAUUGGCCUCACUCCAGCCAAACUUCCUGACCUGGUGGAAAACAACCCUCUGGUUGCUAUAGAAAUGCUGCUGAAGUUAAUGCAGUCAAGCCAGAUCACGGAGUAUUUUUCUGUCCUGGUCAACAUGGACAUGUCUUUGCAUUCAAUGGAAGUUGUAAAUCGACUAACUACAGCUGUUGAUCUACCUCCGGAAUUUAUUCACCUUUAUAUAUCAAAUUGCAUCUCUACUUGUGAACAAAUUAAGGAUAAAUAUAUGCAGGGAAAUCAUCUAUUCAACAAGAAUUACCUUCCAGUUUAACCCUCAGCAAAAGUUAAAACCACUAGUGACUGCAGGGAACAAUCUCUCAGGGAAGGUUUUAUAUAUUGAAGAUCCCCCAAAAAUCACCAAGCAAGGAGGUUUACCUGCUGAAGGUGCUCUGUUUUUUGCACCACUCCUGGCCUUUGUGGUUUUCUGGAGGGAAACCCAGAAGCAGCGCCAGCAGGCAGCAGAUGAUGGAGUGCUUCAAGUUCACAGCCAAGCUGCUUCCUUCACACACUGCCUGUGACUUUGAAAGUUAAAAAAAAAAUACGUAUUGUUUCUACACUAUUUGUUUAAAAAAAAAAAAAAAGGCUUUUAUGUCAACUGUUAAAAGGAAAAUUAUUGCCAUAAAUAGUAUGACUAACCUUAACCAAACCUCUCUGGUUUACUCUUCCUUCCUUACAUUCCCCAUUAUUCUGAGUAGCAUUUCAUCAAUUUUAUGUAUCAGCAAAAAUUCUGCUAAUAUUUUAUCUCAGAAGUUAAACUGGGUCGGGCCUGGUUAGUACUUGGAUGGGAGACCCUUCUCUAUCAUAUUUAUUUCUAUCUUAAAAAAAAAAAAAAGCCUAGCCGAACUUUCAAAGUAUUGCAGUUUUCUAUUUUCUCUUGAUAAUUCCUUUCUCUGCUAUUGAAGACAUAUUUCUAGAGAUGAGACCAGACCACUACAAUUCUUCCAAUCUCUUCUAUUUGUAGUUUAGUGUUCAAACUCUUUAAUUAAGGAAAGCUAUGUCUGAUAGCUGCUAAUAAAGAAAUCACACUUGUGUAAUUAUCAAAAACAAUAUACCUUGAUCUGUCAUAGUAUUCUUUUUAGAAGUCUGCUUUAUUGGAUACUAUAGAGAAUUAUUAAACAUUUCUCCCAAGUAUGUAUCUUAAAAUACAAAGAGCAAAAAAUCUACUUGGUACAGAAUCAAGGACAUACUUUCCUAUUCUCAAAAACCCACAGAAGGGAGAUUUCAAAGAUAAUGGCUAUUAUGGAAACCUACUUUGAGGCUGUUAAAAUGGAGCUCAAAGACAAAUUUUCUAUUUCAGCAGCUCCUCAAAUUGAACCUGGCCAGAGUUUACUUCAGUAAAGUGGAAAAAAAGAAAAAGUAAAACUCACCAAGUGUUUCACUAUGGCUAGAAUCCAGGUACAACAAACAGUUU